AUGGGUUUUGUAUUACGGUUGCGACCGUGGACCUCUGCUGAAACAUGCGACUUUUUCAAGGUUUGGAUCAUCAUUCUUGGUUCAAUCCUUAUGCAACACAUAGACACAUCGGUCGUGUAUCAUCAGGUACGUGGUCAAGGGGUUAUAAAGCUCUACAUAUUUUAUAAUAUGCUCGAGGUAGCGGACAAGCUUUUCAGUAGCUUGGGCCAGGAUAUCCUUGAUGCUUUGUUUUGGACAGCAAAUGAGCCGAAAACGUUUAGAACAAUAGUGAGGACCGUAUUCCAUUUUGUAUUCGCUCUUUCCUACGCUACAAUCCAUACAUUCUUGGUUUUACUGCAGGCCACUACCCUAAAUGUUGCUUUCAACUCGCACAAUCAAGCGCUUUUGGCAAUAAUGAUGUCCAAUAACUUUGUGGAGCUGAAAGGAUCAGUGUUCAAGAAGUUUGCCAAGGCAAAUCUGUUCCAAAUGGCUUGCAGUGACGUUCGCGAGCGAUUCCAUAUCAUUGCUUUGUUGUUCGUUGUGAUGGUGCGAAAUAUGAUAGCUGUGAACUGGAGCAGUGAACAUUUACGGGAAAUGAUGCCUGAUAUAUUUAUGGUAGUAGGAGCUGAGUUACUGGUGGACUGGUUGAAACAUGCUUUUAUCACAAAGUUCAAUGAAAUCAACGCAGAAGUUUACAGGGAUUUCACCAUAACCAUAGCUUUUGAUGUUGUGAAAAGCCGUGACACGUCGGCCUUUAGUGAUUACUCUGAUCAGGUUUCUCGAAGAAUGGGUUUUAUACCAAUACCACUCUCGAUUAUGCUCAUACGGGUACUUAGCCAAACGUUCACACUUCAGAGCAAAACAAGCAUAGCGAUCUGUGUGAUCGCAUGGCUGCUUCUGCUAUCGAUAAAGAUUUGUAAUGGUAUAGUUUUACUUGGGAAGGCUUGUGUCCACGUGACUGCUUACCGGGAGUUGCAGGUGAACUUUUCGUUCUUCCUUAUCUAUAGAUUGAUUUUUGUU